CGGUGGCGGGGGCGACCGUGGGCAGCGGCUUUUGAGUCUGUGAACCCACAGCCUGUGGCCCUAGUUCGGUCUUACGUUGGUGGUGCCAGGCUGUCCGCUGGGAUGCCGUGGGCCGUGGGCCGACGGUGGGCAUGGAUCACCCUGCUUCUGACUAUUAUCGCGGUGCUGAUCCAGGUCGUCUGGUUGUGGCUGGGUCCUCAGAGCUUCGUCUUCCAGAGAGAAGAAAUAGCGCAGCUUGCUCGACAGUACGCGGGGCUGGAUCAUGAACUGGCCUUCUCUCGGCUGAUCGUGGAGCUGCGGAGGCUGCACCCAGGCCACGUGCUGCCGGAUGAGGAGCUGCAGUGGGUGUUUGUGAACGCGGGCGGCUGGAUGGGCGCCAUGUGUCUUCUGCACGCCUCGCUGUCUGAGUAUGUGCUGCUCUUCGGCACCGCCCUGGGCUCCCAUGGCCAUUCGGGACGAUACUGGGCUGAGAUUUCUGACACCAUCAUCUCUGGCACUUUCCACCAGUGGAGAGAGGGCACCACGAAAAGUGAGGUCUACUAUCCAGGAGAGACAGUUGUGCAUGGACCUGGAGAAGCGACGGCUGUGGAGUGGGGACCGAACACGUGGAUGGUGGAAUAUGGCCGCGGCGUUAUCCCGUCUACCCUGGCGUUUGCACUCAGCGACACUGUCUUCAGCACCCAGGACUUCCUCACCCUCUUCUACACCCUUCGCGCCUAUGCCCGGGGCCUCCGGCUUGAGCUCACCACCUACCUCUUUGGCCAGGACUCCUGACCAGCCAGGCCUGAAGGAAGACCUGUGGAUGGACAGGAGCAGGCAGGACCACAUCCAUUUCUCUACUUGCUGGAACUCAUGUUCACUGACAGCAGCGUAUACCAUGCAGAUAUUAAGUUCCUCCUGUCUGAGGAAGGACAUACAUAACUUAUACAUCCAGACAUGGCUCUUGGGGAGCAAAUGAGACACAGAUGCUAGACUUGUAUGUACUAUAAGAUCAUGCACUCACAUCCAUCCAGGAGGGUCCCCUACAUAUACUCCAGGGGGGCCAGUCAUGUUCGAACACAUACCACGAGCUUGACUCACUGACUCAGGCUUUUCUAGAGCUUCCUGCUGGCAUUCAGGGCUCUGGGAAUAGAUUGAGGCAGAAUUUACAUACUCUGCCUCACUCUGAUGCCUCAUUCCAGUAGUAAUCUCUGGUGAAGGAAAAGAGGAGCUGCCCUUCGGAGGUCCCCUCCACCUACAGCUAUGAUGCCCUUCCCUUCAUCCCUUUCCUCACCAUAUGCCUUAUCUCCAUUCCACUCCCCUGCUAUGCAAGCGCCCCUGUGGCUUGUCCUCCGUGCCCCCAGCAACCAGCUGGGAAAGCAGAGGAAUGUAGAGGAUGCUAAAGGGAAGGAAGGUCCUCCAUCACGGAGACCUUUGUUGGGGUUAUAAUGGGAAAGCUGGCUUAUCCCCCAGGGCCAGUUCCCAAGGAGAGGACCUGGGGAAGUAAGCCUGGGUCCAAGGAGCCACCCCAUUCCAAAAGGAGCCUUUAGUGUGUGCGUGCACACCCUGUCAGUUUCCAGACAUUUCUGUUGCAAUCUCUGUCUUCCUGUCUCUCUCUGUUAAUAAAAACAUAUUAAAGAGUUCCA